AUGAGUUCCUUGGUUUUUGUCAUCUUCAGCAAAGAAGCAGUGCAUUUUUCUACAGGAGACAACACAUGGGUGACCAUGUGUGACUAUUCUGAAAUAGAUCCGCUGCCUCAGUUACCUAACGUCUCCUGCAUGGUUGCUACAAUGUGUGUGUCGGACUUGAAGUGUUUACCGACAUUUCUUGAGAGCUGCCCGAAACUGAAUUCCUUCGUCGUGUGGUUAACUGAUCAUGAGAAAAUGGGUUCUGAGGAGGUGAAUCAAAUCAGUUACUCAUCGGUUCCUGAGUGUUUGUUACGGUCUCUCGUGUUUGUUGGUUUCAAAGCCCCAAUCUCUGGACAUGCUGCUGAAAUGAAGCUAGUAAAGUACUUCCUAGAGAAUUCAGCGAUCCUCCAGAGGCUCACUCUAUUUGGGAACAGUGGUUCGGUAGACGAUGACAUCUUCAAGGAGGUCCUCAAAAUCCCAAGACGCUCUGCCUCCUGCCAAAUCCUU